ACGACCGCGACUUAGCCUUGGCGCGGGCCUUGCCUCCUUGCUUGCCACGGCCGGACAUGGCGGAAUAGGCAAUAACUGCUGCUUUUUCGAGGAAAGGAUAUGGGAAGAUCUUGCUAUUGCGCCAUCUGACCUCACAGUCAUCUUACCUUCAGCCUUUCCUAGGCAUGACAGUCGUGGAUGUGGGCCAUCAUGUUGAAGUGCUGGAGUUGAACAAAGGGCUAGUGUUGCGUAGCAGUUUCAUCCAUGACUGAUAGAUUCCAUCUGCAGGGAAACUCUGAAGGCAGAAAAUAACCAACUCAAAACAGCUUCAGCUCAGCUGAAUCUGAAGGGGGCGCUCUGCAAGGAAGAUAGGCUGUUGCAAGAGGCCGCAGUGACCUGAGCCCGCUCUCCUGACGUCAUCUUUGCUCACAUAGCCGCGUUAACUUCCCAGCUGCUUCCCCAGCUUCCUUGCUUGCGUCUUUUAUAAUCCAUUUUCCACGCUGCAGACAGUGAUCUUUGCAAAAUGGAAAUUCGAAGCCAAGUUGUUGUGCCACCUUUGCUGCUAUCCUGACUACUGAACUGGACUGCUGGUGUAUCCGUGAAGUGUUUGCAAGUGGACUGAGCUGCCACUGCUGACCUGUGAACUGAACUGCCGAUUUCCAGAAUACACAAACAGGAGUUGCUCCACAGAACCUUUCUAAACAGGUCCAUUCUCCCUCGAUCCCCAUCCUUUCUUUUCCACUGCCUCUGGAUUUUACCCGUCGGGAGGAGCAGGGACUACAAUUCCCAUGAAACCUCUGGGUACUAGGUGACGCUUGCCAAACCCAACCGGACUGCAUUUCCUAGCGAGCCUCCUGACGCCGCGUUUACGUCGACCCUGUACGUCAGGAAAUUCGGUGGUUAGAUCUAGCCGUGGUACAGCAGGCUUCGCCGCAAGUACAAAGCGGAUGCUAAGUGCGCGGUCGGCCCGGUGCAUGGUCUCCAUGGCCACGCGCGCGUGUGUGUCGCGGGGCAGCGCGGGAUCGGCGGCUGGCGGGCCAGUGGAAGCCGCUAUUCGCGCCAAGUUGGAGCAAGCCCUGAGCCCUGAGGUACUGGAGCUGCGCAACGAGAGCGGCGGCCACGCGGUCCCAGCAGGCAGCGAGACGCAUUUCCGCGUGGCGGUGGUGAGCUCUCGUUUCGAGGGCAUGAGCCCCUUGCAACGGCACCGGUUGGUCCACGAGGCACUGUCGGAGGAGCUGGCUGGGCCCGUACAUGCGCUGGCCAUCCAGGCUAAGACCCCCGCCCAGUGGAGAGAGAACCCACAGUUGGACAUUAGCCCCCCCUGCCUAGGUGGGAGCAAGAAAACUCGAGGGACCUCUUAAUACGCGGGUUGGGAGAACAACGAUCCGAAUGGGUCGACUGAGAAUAAAUUACUAUAUCAUUACUA